AUGUUCUCCUGCACCACGUUGGACAUGGCGGGCGUGGUGGUCCCCUUCGGCGCCGAGUGGAAGUACCCGAGUCUCAGCAGCUUGGGAAGCAGAUGGAAUGUUUGCAUUGCAAGGGUCAUGAUCCACUGCAAUGCAUGUCGGCGCCAAGGGGAAGGCAAAGGCCGCGACGUGAUGGCUGGGUACUGCCACGAGUUCUACAAGGGCUACAUCCACACAAUGUGGGACAUACGGGGAAAGUGGCCGAAGGACAUCAAGGACGGCCGUGGAAGAUCGUUGUCCCCAGCACGCGACAAAAAGGGCCCCGCGGACAACGACUAUGGUCCAGAAGGUCCGCCGAACCCCUUGACGAAUCCCAAAUUUUUUUGUCGCAUGGUGACAGAAGGAUGGGACGCGAUAGUAGCAGCCGUGGUGCUUGUGUUUGGACUCGCUGCCGGACAUGGGCCCGACGUCUACCACUGUGUGGCGAUCUCUUGCUCGGCGGGCUGCCAUCGCUCCCUUUCGGCAGCCAUGGUCAUCGCCUUCGUCUUCAAUAUGGGGCUUUGGUCGCCUUCGAUGCAGAAAGAGUAUGAUGAGGUCGUCGAGGUGAUCAAGGAACUGACCAAGAUCGCCGAGAUCAAGAUCUCCGAGCAGUGCCGCUACAUGGGCUUGCAGAUUCCGUCGGCUCCGCCCUCGGGUGCUUCGCCUUCGCAGCAGUGGUUGCCGCGGGAUCCUCCGGGUCCACCACCUGGUGGUCCACCGCCGGCUUCGCCUGAUGGUCCACCGCCGGCUUCGUCUUCGUCUUCGGCUUCGUCGGCCGUGCAGGGUGCCAAGCGCUUUCUCGCCGAGAACAUGUACGAGCUGCACGGCCUCCUGACGGAGAUGAAGGUAGACCCCUCUGCGUGGACGGUGGCUCGGCUUUUAAACUGUUUUUUUUGCGUGCUUACGAUCAUUGCUUGUUGGUCCUCGCUUCUUUCUUCAACUAAGAUGAUGGCGUCGCUUGCAGCCGAACGAAGCGACAUGGCCCGCGAGUUCGUCAUGCAUGCGGAGUCGCAGCGGGAAGCCAACGGGGGCUACAUCGAAGGCGCAUUUGACAACCCGUCGGCUGCCGUUAUGUGGCAUUGCAAAUCUCGCUUCAACCGCAUAUCCGGCCACUUGGUCAUGUCAAAGGCUCCGGGAGGCCGACUUGGUCUUCGCCUUCGGAUUCCCGCGGCAGCGCUGGCUGGGGCAGCCGGGUCCUGCCAUCAUGAUGACUUGGGCUUCGACUUGGUUUUCGACAAGGCUGCUGCUGCGGCCAAGCCCUCGCCGAAGACGGGCCAGCCACCAGUUGGGGCAGCUCCUCCUCCCAAGCCGGCAGCUGCACCUCCUCCGAAGCCGGCAGCUGCUUUCCCAGAGGAGCCUGUGCCCAAGAUGCCUGCGGCUUCGCCACCGCCUUCGCCUUCGCCGGAUCCGCUUGCAGGCAUCCAGCACUUGACCUUCAAGCCUCCGCCACCUGCGCCUGUGCCUUCGUCUUCGUCUUCGGGAGACGUCUUCGCCGAGUGGACAAGUCGCUUCCAGGCGCUUUUGUCCUUGAAGACUCGGGUUUGCUGGAUGCUCGACUCCGACGGCUACGCCACUGCGAGAAGGCACGGAGGCGACCCACACUCCAUCCAGCAGUGCGUGGGGGACCCUGUCCGGCCCAAGACGCCUGGCGAGGCGCGGGACGCCAUCCAGGUGCUGGACUACAGAAUCACCCAGCUGCGACAGUGGGAAACGCUCUACAGCCUGCACAACCCCGAGCUUGCCAUGUACGCCCAGUAUGUCCAGCACAACACUUCGGUUGCUUGGUUUCGUUCGUAA